AUGUUCAUCGUUUCCGCAACAUGUUGCUCCUUGGGGAAGAGACAAGCACGCUCCUUUCUAGGACGCUGUUGGAAGGGGACUGGUGCCGGAUGUGCGUUCCGCAGUGGGAACUGCGGCCUCAGAGCUGCGACAGGGUGCUCGUUGCGGGCCUGCAGCUCCGAGUUGGAUGCCAGCUCCGACGCAGUCAGGGCUGGGGACAACUUCGGGCAACGAGCCAGCGACGCUGAUCAGGGCCGCCCUGUGCACCAAGUAGGCCGUCAAACGGAAGGCGAGCGCUUCGCGGUCCGCCGUGCACUGCGCGUUUUUCUCAAGUUCACUCGCCCGCAUACGAUGUUAGGAAGUGCGGUUUCCAUCUGCUCGCUUUCCUUGAUGGGAAGCGUAUCUGCCGGGCAGGCUCUAGGUGCAGCCACUUUACCACUUUGGACUCAACUUUUUCCAGUCCUUCUUGUGGGUCUCGUGCCAGCGCUCUUGAUGAACAUUUAUAUCGUCGGUCUGAAUCAACUGUGUGAUAUUCCAGUUGACCGUGUGAACAAGCCUUACUUGCCCCUAGCAAGCGGAGAGCUAUCGGUUCCCGCUGCAGUUUCCCUCGUAGGUAUGUGUCUUCUGGGAUCGUUUAGCCUAGGCUUCUGGCUUCCACAGAGCACCGCGGCCCUACGUUUUGCACUUGUCGCAAGCUGCAUCCUAGGGACGUUAUACUCGUUGCCACCGAUUCGGUUGAAGCGUUUCCCACUGCUGGCGUCGCUCUGCAUUCUAGUCGUAAGAGGUGCGGUCGUGAACAUUGGUUUUUACUUGCACGCGCGCUCAGCUGUCAUGUCGCUGAGAGGCCCAUGGCUAGCAGAACUUUCCCCACUGAUCAAGUUCACGACGGUGUUCUUUGCUGCGUACGGGAUCGUGAUUGCGUUAAUGAAAGAUAUUCCCGAUGCGAAAGGUGAUAACCAGCAUCAACUCAGCAGUUUCACGCUUCAGUUCGGAGAACGGAACAUCUUCCGCUUUUGCGUCACGAUGUUGAUCUUCAUGUUCAUCGCUGGCGGUAUAUUUUGCAUGUCGUCGGCGCUCGCGACGGUCCCGCGGCAUCGAGCAUUUGCGGCAGGCGGUUUUCACUUCGUUGCUGCUGCUUGGCUGCGGUGGAGAUCGAGAGCCUCCAUGAUGGAAGCGCAUCGUAGCGAGGUGGUGUACAACUUUUACAUGGACAUUUGGAAGCUCUUUUAUCUCGAAUAUGUAGUUCUACCUCUACUGCUUUAA